AUGGUGAAUACACGCAAUACGGACACACGGUUGGAAGGAUUAGAGAAGGUGACUGGAGAUCUGGAAAAACAGCUGUCGGCAAUUGAUGCAAAACUUGGCACCUUUAUGCUUGAGGUCCGAGCGACCCUUGCAGAGGGGUUCGCGAACAGGUCCACCGACCCGGUGACUAACAACGAUCCACAAACAACUGAAGCAGCUUCGGGGAGCAGUCCCCCACUCACAAUUCCGACAUUCGACGGAACUGAUGCGAUCGCAUGGCUUGCGCGUGCGGAGCAGUAUUUCUUGGUGUCAAAUAUUCCAUUGGAGAAACGUUUGGGUGUAGCGAUGGUGGCAUUGGCAGGUCCAGCCUUGCCGUGGUACCAGCUUUUACGGCGCCGCCUUCCGGCCUUGACAUGGGACCGUUUUCAGCAAGAACUCAUGAAACGCUUCGGCGACAAAAUGGCGUUGGAUAGUUAUGAAGCCUUUGCUUCCACGCGCCACGACGGUUCUCUCGUCGAAUUUGUAGCUGCUUUCGAAGCUAGGCUCGCCCAAAUAGGUGACCUCUCAGAUCACCAAUAUCUGGGAUUUUUCUUGGCAGCCUUACGCCCAGAGGUACGAAUGCAUAUGAAGGCAGCAAAUAUUACCUCUUACUCCGAUGCAGUGCAGAUGGCUCUCCAGCUUGACCAGUUGGCCGGAACUCAACCAACCGGUGCUGCCACAGUCGGCCCUGCCCCACAGAUGCACCAGUCGAGUCAGAGACCAACCUCGUACACCCCUACUUCCCUCUCGGCGACUGGCUCAAACCGCCCACCCUCUCGUCGUUUUCGGAACAUGUCCUCCGAAGAAUACAGGAAGCAUAUUGCGGCAGGCACGUGUUUUCGGUGUGGCCUGAAGUUCGGCCCUGCCCACCGCUGCCCGCCAAAGACGCUUAACGUAUUCAUCAUCGACAACGACGAGCCCCUGACUGACUCUAGUGAGGACGACACGCUCAACAUGGAGGAUGUAGGAUUGGAGCUGAAACUAUCGGAGUUAUCGUUCAACGGUCUUGAUACUUCCCAUACUAUGAAGCUCUUCGGGAAUAUCGACCAAGAAAAAGUCCUCAUAAUGGUGGAUAGCGGAGCAAGCCAUUGCUUUAUUUCAGAUCAGCUGGCCACUCGUCUCCAACUGCCUAUCACCCCGACCGCUUCUUAUGCAGUCACGCUGGGGGACGGAUCCAGGGUCCGCACCUCGGGAAUCUGUCACGCUGUGCCCCUCCAGCUCGCUUCGGAGUUAUUCUCCAUAUCUUGCUAUGUGUUUCCCCUACGAAACAUAGACAUCAUUUUGGGGGUCACAUGGCUAGCCUCCCUCGGUGAUGUUACAGCCAACUGGCAGCGAUCCUCCAUGAUAUUUUCGGUCCAAGAUCGCUUGGUGACUAUUGAGGGCGAUCCUACUCUUACUCGCAAGGCUUGUUCCUCCCACGACAUCAACACACUUGACGACGGUGAUUCUUGUUGGGUGUUGCAUUCGAUGAUGGGUGGGGACACGCCCACGGAAUUCGGGUUUGAUCCCUCCUUGCCACCAGCCGCACGGUCCCAGCUACAUGCGUUGGUGGAGGGAUUCCCCUCGGUCAUCCAGCAGCCGACGACGCUGCCCCCUGCUCGCCACACUGACCACCGGAUCACACUUAAACCCAGCUCCCAACCACCAAGUACUAGUCCCUACUCCAGCCCGGUGCUCCUGGUCCGCAAGAAAGACGGCUCAUGGCGAUUUUGCGUGGAUUAUCGCGAGCUGAAUAAGCGCACCGUGCCGGACAAAUACCCAAUUCCGGUAAUUCAGGAGCUGCUAGAUGAGCUCCAUGGCUCUAUUUGGUUCAGCAAGUUGGAUCUCAAAGCCGGGUACCAUCAGAUCAGAGUGGCAGCCCCGGAUGUGCACAAAACGGCUUUUCGCACACAUUCUGGCCAUUACGAGUUCCUCGUUAUGCCGUUCGGGUUGACCAAUGCACCCGCCACAUUUCAAAGCCUCAUGAACGACAUAUUCCGACCCUCCCUUCGCAAGUUUGUCCUGGUUUUUUUCGACGACAUAUUAGUCUACAGUGCCUCUUGGGAUGCACAUUUGGAGCAUCUUCGGCAGGUUUUCAGGGCCCUAGAAGCUCACUCGCUCGUCGUGAACCCGAAGAAGUGUCUCCUUGCUCGUCGCCAGGUGGAGUACCUGGGGCACGUGGUGUCCAGCGCAGGAGUAAGCAUGGACCCCUCCAAGGUCUCGGCCGUGCUGCGUUGGCCAACGCCGACGUCUCUCAAAACUGUCCGUGGUUUCCUUGGCUUAACGGGUUACUACCGUCGAUUCAUUCGCGACUAUGGCAAGAUCGCGGCACCCCUCACUCAGUUGCUUAAAAAACCAGCAGACGACAGCAAGAAGCAGAGAUGGGCGUGGCCGGCCGAAGCGGAACAGGCAUUCACGGCUUUGAAGGAGGCCCUCACGUCGGCUCCCUUGUUAAGGAUGCCUGAUUUCUCCAGGGAGUUUGUCAUCGAAUGCGAUGCGUCGGGGCGCGGUCUGGGGCUGUCCUCAUGCAAGAUAGGCAGCCUGUGGCCUAUUUUAGCAAAACCUUGUCCUCCCGGUGGCUAG